GUGUGUAGUCACAGAGGGAACACAAAGCCUAAGAGUAUAAAGACAGAGAGGAGAGUGGCAAGCAGUGUUGGGACCAGUGGAAGAGGGGGCAAAACGGGUGGGUGCAGAGGGGCUCAGGAUCAUGGCUGAGGCCAUCACUUAUGCAGACCUUCGGUUUGUGAAGGCACCCCUGAAGAAGAGCAUCUCCACCCGGCUAGAACAGGACACAGAGGAUUAUGAGAAUGGGGAGCUCACCUAUGAGAAUGUACAAGUGCCCUCAGCUCCAGAGUGGCCAGGGGGCAUGGCUCCCCCUGGGCCUAGGGACAAAGCAGAGGUCAAGCCGGAGCAGCCACCCGCGGCCUGGAGCACCGUAACGUCAGCAGCUGCUGGGCGGGUUCUCCCCUGCUGUGCAGCCUACAUGCACCUCCUUCUCCUUGGCCUGCUCCUCACCUGCCUGAUGUUAGCGGUGGCCGCUAUCUGCCUGGGCAUGCGCUAUCUGCAGGUGUCUCAGCAGCUCCAGCAGAUGGACAGCGUUCUGGAAGCCACUAACAGCAGCCUGCGCCAGCAGCUCCACCGGAAGAUAACCCAGGAGGGGAAGAGGGAAGAGGAGCUGCAAGGGUCCAGGAGGGAGCUGGCCCAGAGUCAGAAAGCACUACAGGGUGAACAAGGGCGUCGCCAGGCUGCUGAAGGGCAGUUACAGGCCUGCCAGUCCGACAAGGAGAAGACAGAGGAGAACUUGCAAAGGGAGGAGAGGCAGAGGAGCACCCUGGAGCAGAGGCUGAGCAACAUGCAGGACACACUGAAGCCUUUCUUCAAAUGUUCCUCACCAGAAAACUGCUGCCCUGUGGGAUGGAUACAGAAGAGGAAAAGCUGCUUUUACUUCUCACCUACUCAAAAAAGUUGGGAGGACAGCCGAAAGCACUGUAAAUCCCUGUCCUCAGAUCUGGCCGUAUUGAAAGAUCUUCAAUCUCAGUAUUAUUCUUCAAGAUCUGACUCCAGAGAAAUCAUAAAUCUGUUGACAUCAGAUGGUAAUCUAUUUGAGUCAUGUUGGAUUGGCCUCAGUUUAGAUAAGAACUGGAAGUGGAUUGACGGCACACCAGUCAGUGAGUCUAGGAUACAAAGCUCAAGGUGGCUUGGGACACAAAACUCAAACUGUGCUAAGGUACAAAUGAAAUAUUGGGCACCACUGCAGCAGGAGGACUGUUCAAAUCGUCUUCCCUGCAUCUGUGAGAUGCCAGCCUUCAGGCAUCCAGAUGGGGAACACUCUUUGCACCUGAACUAGAUACUCAUGCCAACAAGAGCCUGUGCCCCUCAUCCCUAACCUGCAGACUGCGGGCCCUAUGAUGACCUCCCUCUAGUGCUCCCUCACUCUGCCUGGGCAGUGCCCAGCCAAGGACUGAUCCAUGCCUGAUACUUCUAACCAGCCUGCUGCCUGCCUGAAACUCUGUCCCAGAAACUGGACUGUCCCUAGGAAAAGGGCAAAGAAGCCUCUAGAAGGGACUUUGGGCUCCCCAAGAACCUCCCACAGCAAAGUGGAGUAGGGGAGGAGGGCGCACGGGGCUGAGUGGAUAGGGGCAGCCCGGAGCCAGCCAGGCAGU